AUGACACAGAUCAGUUUAGACAAGACAAAGGAACAAGUAAAGGGAGAAACAGAUAAUAUUCAGAAAGAGGUACGUAAACUUAAAGAAAAUGUAAUACCAAGUUUGUCAGUGAUACCAAAACCCAUAACAGGCAACCAAAACACAAAUGAGAAUCUGAAUAAUGCUAGACCUAGCACACAGCCGAAAAUAGAAUUACCAAUGAGUGAUACAAAUCCCAAUGAAACAUUUUCAAUGCUACCACAAGAUCAAAAUUACUAUCAGACAUCACCACAUACUAUGCACAAUUUACCAGACGUAAUUAGAACACGUAAAAGCCACUUACCAUUUCCUUACCAUGAUAAAUUAAUAGGAGUGUCCGAGGACAACAUAAAGAAUUUUUUCAGUUAUUUUGAUGAGAUAGAUGUUGUUUACAGAGAUGAGAUCAGAAAUUUCAAUCAAUUGUAUCCGAUCCAUCCAAGCAAUUCGCAUAUGCACAGUAGAAAUGAUAGAGGCUAUUGGAAUCCACCCCCGACACCACGACAAAACACUCAAAGAAACAAUUCGCACUACACUGGGACAAAUCCAUUAAAUAUUAGGAGAAACAACUCGCAGCAUUGGCAAGGAAACAGUAAUUAUUACUAUAAUGGUUACCUGAACAGUAAUUACAAUCAGAACAAUAACAGUUAUAUUCAAAAUAACAACAACAGAAGAAGGAACCGAAAUCAUAGAGAUCAAAGAAGAGAGGAUACUAGGUACCAUCCAGGAUAUUUUCAGAGAAACAACAUCCAACAACAUCCAAACAUGUAUUGCAGGAAUAACAGUAAUGACAAUACCAGUUACAGUCAUGGGCGAAAUAAUGUAUGGGGAAAUCACAAUGGACCACCGCCACGACACAUGCAAUACAGCAACCCUCAAUUCCUACCUAACGGAACUCCCAAUGUGACGCGAGUUAAUGUCAACAACAAAACAGCUGAUACUUGGGUGACGUGCGACAGAAAUGUAAAUAUUAUUGAGUAG